AGCUGCAGAUGAUACACAGAAUGGGAGCAACAUCUGUACUGAGGGGAACUGGGCAACUCAUUCUGGGGCUCUUACUGGCUGCAUCAUUUGCAAAAGUUGAUACAAUUGAGUGUCCUGGAAAUACUGGAUUUUCAAAUAAUUUGGUGUCCCUGACAAAUGAUCUGAACGUGGGCAGUAUAGCCCGAUUUCUGUGCCCAACCGGGAAGUACCCAUGGCCCGUCAGCACCCGUACAUGCUUGCCGAAUGGGCAGUGGAGUGACAUGAAGUCCAGUACUGGAAGAACGUACACCCAAAUUAAAUGCUAUGACAUGAGGUGCCCUCCUCCAGGGAAUUUUGAGAAUGGUGAAUACUCUCCUAGAAAGGAUAAAUUUGUUGUUGGAGAAAAUAUCACCUUUUUCUGUAAUGACGGCUACACCCUGCGAGGAUCAGUGGAAAGAACGUGCAGGAGGAACGCAAGGUGGAGUGGAGUGACCGCAGUGUGUGAUGAUCAAACUGGUUCCUGUCCUGACCCUGGAGUACCUAUGGGGGCUAUAAAAACUGGGAUUCGAUACAACACUGAUGAAAAGGUGAGAUAUGAAUGUUCACAGGGGAUGACACUGAUGGGAACACAAGAAAGGAAGUGCCAAGAGGUUGGACGGUGGAGUGGAACUGAAGUCAGCUGUCACUAUCCAUAUUCCUUUGAUCUUCCAGAGGAUGUUGAAGAACAAUUUAAAAGUUCAAUUGCUGGGAUUCUAAACACAGAACAAAAGCGCCAAAAGACUUUUGGGCGCACGAUAAAAGUGAAGCUGGAUGGUAUUCUGAAUGUUUACCUUCUUCUGGAUGCAUCUAAAAGUGUCGGAGAAAUUAACUUUGAGAUCUUUAAAAGCUGUGCUACCGAGCUUGUUCAAGGGAUCACAGAGUUUGACAUGAAGGUGGAGUUUGGAAUACUUUCCUUUGCAACACAACCUAAUGUAAUAAUCAGUACGUUCGACCAACAGUCGGCCAAUACUGAAAAUGUUCUGGAGUUGAUAGAAACAGAACUUUUGUACAGCAAGCAUAAAGUUAGAUCAGGAACAAAUACUAAAGGGGCUUUGGAGACAGUCUUUAACAUGACAGCACAGCAAAAAACGAGGUAUAACGAGACUGUGUGGAACUCUAUUCAUCAUGUGAUUAUACUCCUCACGGAUGGAAAAUCAAAUGAGGGAGGGCGCCCAUCUGAUGCAAUAAAAAGAAUAAAAGAUCAACUAAACAUCAAGCAAAACAGGGAAGAUUUUUUAGAUGUCUACGUAUUUGGAGUUGAUGCUGAAAAGGUUGAUAAAGUGGAACUGAACGAAAUAGCAUCCCAAAAAGACAACGAAAAACACGUGUUUAUUUUAAAUAGCACAGAUGAGUUGAAGACUGUGUUUCCAAAGAUAUUAAAGAUAGAUAAUUAUGGUGAUAUGUGUGGCCUUAAUGAUGAGUCAGACGCAGAUAAAAAACGACUUCAUCACCCUUGGAUUGUACAAAUAGAAGGUCCAACAACUACACCUUGCAUGGGUUCUCUCAUAUCAGGGUCCUGGGUUCUCUACGCUGCUCAUUGUGUCAGACAAGACAUUCCCGCAAACAAGUAUUCAGUUAAAAUUGGAGAGGCAUCUUAUGGUGUAGAGAGAAUUGAGAUGCAUGAAUGCUAUAAACUUGACCGGAAAAAUUCCAUUGGGAUAAAAGAAGAUUAUGACUAUGAUGUGGCGCUUCUGAAAUUGCAGAAGGCAGUGGUAUUUGGGAAGGAAGCCAGGCCAAUAUGUAUUCCCUGCACUGAAUCCACCAACAGAGCGCUGAAAAUGAGUGAAAAAUCCACUUGCAAACAGCACCGAGAUCAGCUUUUCCGUACCAGCAAGAUUGAUGCAAAUUUUAUUUCGAAGGGGGCUGAUGAACUUGAAGAGCUUUCAAUCAUAAUAAAGAUGAAUAAGGAUAAAGACGGUUGUGUAUCUCCAGUGACAAAGUCACAAUAUUUUAAAAAUGUUAAAAACCCGUAUGACGUUGUGACACCGCAAAUGCUUUGUGCAGAGGGUGCAAUGUCUUGUAAAGGAGAGUCAGGUGGUCCCGUGUUCGUCAAUGAGAGGAACAGACGACGAUUUAUUCAGGUGGGAAUAAUCAGUUGGGGCCUAGUGAACCCCUGCAAGAAUUCUAAAAAAGGAAAAAGAAAAGGUGCCAGCUAUCGGGAUUUUCAUACCAGUGUCAUAGAGAUCUUACCGUUUCUCCAUAAAUAUGCGGGUGAUGAGCUCAACUUCCUGCCUGACGUCAAAACGCAAGCGAAUCCUGUCUGCCCAGCUUGACAAAAGUAGAUAUCUGCCCUUGACCUUCUACUGAUCUGGAACACUUCAUGGAAGAUCAGAAGUUCACUUUAUUUGCUUUGGAACAUUUUUUUUUAGAUCUUACAACACCAACCUGACAUUUGAUUGUUUAAUCUUAUCAUAAUAUUAUUUUGUUUCUUGCUUUCUGUGUGACAAAUGACAGGAUUUGUAGCCUCUUAUCUUCAAGUGAAGGAACAUUGAUGACCAAUAUUAAAUAUUAUGCUUAUGAAAGAACAGUGGUUAAAUAAAUUAUUAUUUUUUUUGUUUGUUUUUGCAUGUAAAGUCCAUUAAAAAAAAUGUUUGCAGUA